UGGACGUUCAGCGAAGAACUGAUUCGGUUCUUGUUGAUGGGUGUAGUCAGAAGAAGUCUUCAGGUCCAGAACAACAUAAACCCAUAGAACCAGAGACGGGAUGAAGUUCUGGUGUAAUGUAAACAGAUCUGGUUCUUCAAACUACGUUUUUAGAGUUUGAUCUUUGAGGCCAAAGAUGGUAAACUUCUCCCACUUUUGUGGGAGUCUGAGGUUCUGAUCCAUCUCGAGGUCCCUGAACGCACCUUCACAAAGACCCGAUCCAGGCAGAGGUCCCUGAACGCACCUCCAGAUACUUGAUCCAUCUCGAGGUUCUUGAACGCACCUCCACAGAGACCGGAUCACUCCGGAGGUUCCUGAACGCACCUCCACUGAGAACCUCUUAGACAUUUUCAACAUUGAUCUAUAAAACAGAAACCCGACGAUGCUGAGGAGGAAGCCGACGCGCCUGGAGCUGAAGAUCGACGACAUGGAGGAGUUUGAGGGAGUCAAGAAGGAUCUGGAGGCCAGAAAGCGCCAGCGUGAGGAGGCGGAGUCAGGAGCAUGUGGUUCUGCUGGGAUUGGCGUGGACCUCGCUGGGGGAGGAGCUUCAGCAUCAGCUUCCACUGUGACCUCGAGGGUGGAGCUUAUCAAUGAACGAAUUGGCUAUAAGCCCCACCCUAAACCAGCCACGCUACCGACGCUAUUCGGAAGUUUGCAGUUUUAAUGUGUUUUCAAAUAAACAUUCCUGGACUUUGAUGUCUGAAAGGGCGGGGCUUUGGAGGACUCUCCAACAGAACAUCACUCACGCCAAGUCCAGACUUUGGUUUCUAUAACGGACAUGUUGAUGUGUGUUAGAGGAUCAGGAUGAAGAACAUCCAGUCCUCCUCCAAUAACAUCUGUCUCCUGGUGUACACGGAACAUGGACGCUCAAGCUGAAAUGUGGUCAUGGUCACAUGGUCAUGGCGAGAUGCCCCUCCUCCUCGUCCUCAUGGAGUGUCCAAGUGCUGUCAGAAGUUUCUCUGUUUUUGUUCUAAAGCAACAUGUUGUAUAAAAUUUACUUCAUAAAAAA